AUGGCCUCCACCACGGCCCUGCCUCCAGAGUCGCCACCAGACUCGGCACUGUCUCUCACCAACCUUUCGUUUCCAUCACACCCCUCAGCCUUCUUUCGCGUUGACCUUCGAGACACUGCGGGCGAUUUGCCCAUGCGAUUGUGGUUGGAAGACAAGAAAACCAAAGCUCAAUGGGAAUGCGUAACCUCGAACAUAGCGGACCACGUGCCGUCCGGAGCCAGCUACGCCUUACCGUCGGAUGUGGUGGUGACGUUCUUGAAGCGUGCAAUGCAAGGCACGACCCCCGAGACCUGCCACGUGGCCCUUCAGGACUUGGAGAAUGGAUACAUCCAAGUUGUGUUGAUAGUAGCGAUAUUGGGCGUGCUUGAUGAGGUGUUCUUGUUCAAGAUGGUGCCGUUGGCAAUCGAUAGAAUUGACGUUGUGGAGGCCAAGAUUCGCGAUUUGGAGGAAUCUAUAGCCAACUCCAGUCAAGGUCGGAACGUAAGCCAAGAGCCCGAGGGAGAGGACGCUCAUGACCACGUGACCGAAGAACGAGGGACAGUCAAUCGGGCAUACUUUUCCCUCAAGUGUACGAAGGCCACAUGGAAGAACGAACUGGUUGUGUGGACAGACGAUCUCUACUCGGAUCCGGAAUACUUUAAGUGGUGCGACGAAGAUCGGGCUGUCAUCACGCUGGUGCACCCCGGGGGGUGUAUCAAAUCCAAGUGA